AUGUUAAAAAUUACUAGUUAUUAUUUACUGCACAUACUUGUAGUGCUUAACAGUGUCAUCCCAAAAUGCAAAAGUGCAAUAUACACAUACGAAGAUAUCGAGCUACGACGGCUGUUCCCAAAUGAGUUUCCUCAAGAUACAAUACGAAAAAGUGGUGCCUUAGAUCCAGAGCACCUUGGUCGCUAUGCUGAAUUAAGCGACUAUUUCAAAAAUCCGAAAACCACUUACAACAGUCAUUUUGAAGAACUAGUCUGCUAUGAAAAAGAGGAUAAAAAGGUAUGCAGAAUAGAUAUGGAAAGGUACGCUCCCGAUGAAGAUGCUUACUACAUGUCCAAAUCACGGGAGAGCCACGUAGAUCGACGCAGAGUUUAUUGUUUUAUGCUGCUUUGUUUUACUGAAGAUGAAAUUGAUAGAGUUGUAGCCUCAUUUUGA